GUAAAUCUUUCUCUCCUUUACCCUUAGGGUUGACUUCAAUGUUCCAAUGAAAAAUAACCAGAUUACAAACAACCAAAGGAUUAAGGCUGCUGUCCCCAGCAUCCAGCACUGCCUAGACCAUGGUGCAAAAUCUGUUGUGUUAAUGAGCCACCUGGGGAGACCGGAUGGUGUUCCAAUGCCAGAUAAGUACUCACUAGCACCAGUAGUUGUGGAACUUAACGCCCUAUUGAAAAGGGAGGUAGUGUUCCUGAAGGACUGCGUGGGAGCAGAAGUAGAAGCAGCAUGCGCCAAUCCAGCCCCCGGGACAGUCCUGCUCCUGGAGAACUUGAGGUUUCAUGUGGAAGAAGAGGGAAAGGGCAAAGAUGCAGCUGGUAACAAGGUUAAAGCUGACGCUGCAAAAGUAGAAGCUUUCCGAGCAUCUCUGUCUAAACUUGGAGACAUCUACGUCAAUGAUGCUUUUGGCACUGCACACAGAGCUCACAGCUCCAUGGUAGGUGUUAACCUGCCCCAGAGAGCGGCUGGCUUCUUAAUGAAGAAAGAGCUUGAUUAUUUUGCUAAGGCUUUGGAGAACCCGGAGAGACCUUUCCUUGCCAUCCUUGGAGGGUAAUUUGACUUUAAUUGA